AACCAAACUAAGAGCUAUUCGAAGCUGCGCUGCCCUUGCUUUGCUUGAUCUGGCCAAACCCCCUAGGGAUUGGGAGAAUUUAAACCGACUGAAAAAAAAUCCCCGAGAGCGGCUGAUUCGAAUUUCCACUCCCUCUUUCUUUCUCUCCCUCUACAUAAUCGGAUUCCUGCUUGUUGCACGUUCACUGCAAUAUCCUGCCAAAAUGAGCACCGCCCUGAAGAAUCUGAUUGAUGGGGAGGCCGAACUCGAUGACGAGGAAGAUGACGAGUCAUUCGAUGAAGAAACUGGCGAAAUUCACCGGAGAGCUAACAAGGGCGCCCAUAUCGAUGAUUCAAGCGAGGAAGAUGAAGACGAUGAUGACGAGGAAGAAGCUAGAAGAAUCCGAGAAGGAUUCAUUGUCGAAGAUGAAGAAGAGGAUGAAGCCGAAGACUCGGACGAGCGGGAGCGCCGAAAGAAGAAGAAGCGCCGUCGCGCCGAACGCGAGGAGGAAGAACGGCUAGACGAGGAAGAUCUUGAUCUCAUCGGAGAAGCUAUCCCCGACUGGGAGCGCAAAACUACAACCCAGACCAAGUUUAAACGUCUCAAGCGUGGACACCGCGACGAAGACCGAGCUCCCGAACGUCGUGGUCUUGCCGAGAUCUUUUCCGACGAGGAUGAGGAGGCGAAUGACGACAGGCCCUAUGGCCGUCCCGGCCACCGGGCUCAAGCUGAUGAAUUCGAAGAUUUCAUCGAGGAAGACUUCCCCGAGGACGAGGAAGAACGUAUUCAGCGCCAGGAGGAUAUGGAAGUUGCCCGAGCCAAGGGUCUCGCGGGCACUGUUGUGGACGCGGCCGGGCUAGACAAGGAUGCCCUUGAUGACAUGGAAGCGAUCUUCGGCAAUGGCGAAGAGUACGACUGGGCCUUACAACUCGAGGAAGAGGAAGAGGAUCGCGAGCGGGAGGAGCAGUCUAUUGAACUCAAAGACGUCUUCGAACCGUCCCAGCUUACAGAGAAGCUUCUCACCGACGAGGACAACGAGAUCCGCUUCAAUGACGAGCCCGAGCGCUUCCAGAUCGAUCGAAAGCCGUUCAAGAACCUGCAAAUUACGACGGAGCAAUUCAGGGAGGAGGCUAGGUGGAUUACCAACCUGAUAUGGCCCAAGAAAAUGCUUUCCAAGGAUCUCGAAGGUCCCUUCACGAAGGCGAUCGGCAAGGUCCUGGAGUUUUUCGUCAUUGACGGUGUUGAGGUCCCCUACAUUUUCCAGCAUCGUAGGGACUACCUUAUCCACGCGAGGAAGACGAGGAACCCCACCCACCAGGACGACGACCCCGAGGCACUUGAAUAUACCGUCGACGCCGAGAAGCUGCUGACCCAGGACGAUCUGUGGCGAAUCCUGGAGCUUGACAUAAAGUUCCGCUCGUUGGUUGAGAAGCGGAAUGUUCUCGAGAGAACCGUCGACAACCUCAAGUCCGGUGCUGACGUCGAAGACAAAAUGCUCGCAGACAUGAUCCCCAAGGCGGAGACGAUGGAGGAUCUGCAAGACCUGCAGGACUACGUCAACUUCCAGUAUUCGGCGCAACUGAAGGACCUCGCGGCAAUGGGGAAUGGCGCGUCGAAGGAGACCAAGCGCCCGGGCGCGAAAUCGGGCGUCUUUGAGAGGAUCAGGAGAUGUAAAGCAUACGGCUUCGUCCGUGCCUACGGCAUAUCUCCAGAUCGGCUAGCGCAAAAUGCCAUGAGAGAGGCCAAGGUGUCGUCGGAUGACGAUGCGAAACUUCCGGUGGAUCUCGCCGACAGCCUUACCGAUGGAGACUUCCUCACGGCGGACGAGGUGAUGAACGCUGCCCGGCAAAUGUACGCCGAGGAGCUUUUCGUCAGCCCCCGGAUGCGCAGGUACUUCAGAAUGAAUUACUACGAGAUGGGGCUGGUCAGCUGCCGCCGAACCGAAAAGGGACUUCGAAAGAUUGACGAGUCGCACCCUUACUACGAAGUCAAAUAUCUCGUUAACCAGACCAUAAGAGAUCUGGCGAGACAGCCCGAAGUUUUCCUAAAGAUGAUGAGGGCCGAGGAAGAGGGUCUCGUCGAGGUUCGGUUGAGGCUAGAGAACGAGCGGGAAUUCAGACGUAGCCUCUACUCCGAGUUCGCAUCAGACAACUUUAGCGAGCUGGCCGAUGCAUGGAAUGAAGAGCGCCAGAAAGUGCUUGAUCUUUCAUUCGCGAAGCUCGAGAAGGUCAUCACAAAGGGGGUCAAGGAUUCCCUCCGGACUGCCUGCCAGGAGGAGCUCCUCAAGACGUGCCGCGAGGAAUACUUUAAGCGGCUCGAUCAGGCUCCCUAUAAGCCCAAGGGUAUGGUCCUCGGCACCAUGCCCCGUGUUCUGGCCCUCUCGAACGGCAUGGGCGAUCCAAACCGGGACCCCAUCUCCUGGACCUGGGUGGAGGAAGAUGGGAGGAUCCUCGAACACGGCAAGUUUGGCAAUCUGGCUCGAGACGAAGAGCAACGCGAGCUGUUUUCGGAACUGGUCCAGCGCCGGAAACCCGAUGUGAUCGGUAUUUCUGGCUUCUCUGCAGACACGUCCAAACUGAUCAAAGACGUCGAGAACCUGAUCCAUGAGAAAGGAUUGAUGGGACCAGAAUACGAAGACCCCGAGACUAGCGCGUAUCGCCAUGAUCUGCUGGACGUCGUCGUGGUCAAUGAUGAGGUGGCUAGACUGUACAAGGAUAGCCCUCGGGCUGUUGCGGACCAUCCUACUCUGAACCCACUCACACGAUACUGUGUCGCCCUCUGCCGGUAUUUGCAGAAUCCGAUGAAGGAGUACGCCGCUCUUGGCAAGGACAUCACCUCGUUGCUGAUCCACCCCUACCAGCACCUGCUGCCACACGACAAGCUUUACAAGCACCUCGAGACGGCCAUGGUCGAUAUGGUGAAUCUGUGCGGCGUGGACAUUAACGAGGCAGUCAGUGACCCUUACACGGCGCAUCUACUGCCUUAUGUAGCUGGUCUGGGUCCACGGAAGGCGACUCUGGUAAUCAAGGGCAUCAAUGCCAAUGGCGGAGCUGUCAACUCCCGUGACGAGCUGGUUGGAGAUCCCGACGUUGGCAAGCUCCAAGUCCUUGGCCCGCGCGUGUGGAAUAACUGCGCCAGCUUCCUCUUCAUCGAGUACGACACCACCAAUCCUCACUCAGACCCUCUUGACAAUACACGUAUCCACCCAGAAGACUACGAUUUGGCCCGGAAGGUAGCUGCCGAUGCACUGGCGUUGGAUGAAGAAGACGUCAAGGCAGAGACCGACGAGAACGGUGUUGGUGCAAUCGUUCGCAAGCUCUUCAAGGAGGAGGAGCAGGACAAAGUCAACGAACUCAUUCUUGAAGAGUACGCCGAGCAGCUGGAGCGCAAUUACCAACAGCGGAAGCGAGCUACUCUGGAGACGAUCCGGGCAGAACUGCAGGCUCCUUACGAGGAACUGCGCAAGAACUUCGCGCCGCUCUUCGCGGACCAGAUAUUUACCAUGUUGACUGGCGAGACAAGGGACUCGCUCUGCGAGGGCAUGAUCAUCCCCGUCAAUGUCAGGCUCGUAAAGGAUGACUUUGCCAUUGUGAAGCUGGACUGCGGGAUCGAAGGCCGCGUCGAGUCACACGAGGUGUCAAGCCGGCAUUCCAUCAAGGAUGUCCUCCACGUCGGGCAGACGGUUCAGGCGAAGCUUCUCGAGCUGAACCGAAAGGACUUCAUAGGGAAGCUGUCGAUGAGAGAGGACGAACUUCGGCGGCCAUAUCGCAAGCACAGGGACCAUGACAACUCGACAUGGGAUUUCAGGCAGGAAGAUCUCGACAAGGAGGAACUGCGCGAGAAGGACAAGACAACCGGCCGCACGCAGAGGGUGAUCAAGCACCCGCUCUUCAAGCCUUUCAAUAGCACCCAGGCCGAAGAGUACCUGGGCGGGCAGGCGCCCGGCGAGGUGGUUAUCCGGCCAUCAUCCAAGGGGAAUGACCAUCUUGCUAUUACCUGGAAGGUCGCGGAUGGAGUCUACCAGCACAUCGACGUGUUGGAGCUGCAGAAGGAGAACGAGUUCUCGGUCGGCCGCACCCUCCGCGUUGGUGGGAAGUAUACUUACACCGAUCUUGACGAACUGAUCGUGGACCACGUCAAGGCCAUGGCCAAGAAGGUGGAUGAGUUGAUGCAGCACGAGAAGUUCCAGAAGGGCUCCCGCGCAGACCUAGAGAGGUGGCUGACCACCUAUAUGGAUGCCAACCCGAAUCGGUCUACUUAUGCGUUCUGCAUCGACACCAAACACCCUGGUUACUUCUACCUCUGCUUCAAGGCCAAUCGGAGCUCGAGGGUCAACGCCUGGAUGGUCCGGGUAGUACCGCAUGCCUAUGAGUUGAUGAAGAGCCAGUACCCCGACAUGAGGGCGCUCUGCAACGGGUUCAAGAUGAGAUACCAGAGCGAGCUGUUGAAAAUGCAAGCCGGAGGACGAUGAACGGAGGCUGGAUUUGUAACGCACAUUGUUUGUAUACUAUUUAUUGCCUUUGUUCAGCCGUAAGGUAAUCUAAGCGUCUGGGCAGUUUAGGACGGAUGGGCAAGGUUGAGAUUGGACGAUAGCAGACGGGCAGAUGGUUAGAUGCCCCCAGCUGAUUCGCGGAGACGAAAACACGACAAAGAUUACAUGCGCCUGCUUGGUGGCCGCAUGAAGGCCGCGUUGAGGAUCGUGCAGAAUAAAUUUAAGACAUUGAAACAGCCAGUUAAAAGUUGAAAACAGAAA